UUUCUAAUAUCUUUGAUAUUUUUACAUUUUAUACAUUUUAAUUAAUUUUAUUUUUAAUAAAAUAUUUUUCAAUUUAUAAAUUUAUUUUAAUAAUACUCAAAUGCAAUAUUUGCCAAUUUGUAUAUGAUGGGAACACCAAAUUUGUUGUUUGUCAAGCCAAAGCCUCCAGUACUUCAAGUUAAAGAAGAGGAGGUUAAAAAAUGUUCGACUUGUAAUGUUACAUUUUUUGAUACUUCUUCGCAAAAAUCACAUUUUAAAUCCGAAUGGCAUUUAUAUAACAUCAAGAGAAAAAACUCACAACUACCUACCAUAACUGAAGAGGAAUUUUUAUUAUUAAAGAAUCAGAUUCAGGAAAUGAUUUCAACUAAAAGUAUAAAGAACACAACGAGAAAUGGUAGUUCAAACUCAAAAUCAUUGGAUUUGAAAUCUGAUUCGGGUAGUAGUAGUUUAAGGAACUCAGAAGUAUCUUUAAAAUCGAAAAUUUUUAAUCAAAACAAAUGCCUAUUUAACGAUGUUGUUAGUAAGUCCAUUAAUGACAACGUCAGGUAUAUGGAGAAACACUAUACGUUCUUCCUCCCAGAAAAGGAGUAUAUUUCAGACUUAGAAGGUCUUUUAAGGUAUUUACACAACAAAAUAUAUCAUGAAAACAAAUGCCUGUAUUGUGAUAAGCCUUUUCUGGAUCAUUACGCAACUCUUCAUCACAUGGUUGAUAAGCAGCAUCACAAGAUUAACGAUGACCGUUUUGACGAAAUCAGUAGUUUCUACGAUUUCAUUGAUUCUUACGUCAACCUUAUUGUUGAUUCGAAGAAAUCUUCAAGUUCUGAUGGCUCUUCAUCAUAUAAGACUCAAGAGGGUCAAGAUGAGGACUGGGAGGAUAUUUUUUCCAGCACCAAUUCUCCCACAAGCGUUGAAAAUUUACUAUCUAGUUAUGGAUUUAAAAAAGCUUACAUUAUGGAAAAUGGAAAUUUGAGUCUACCGAAUGGAAAGGAGGCUGUUCAUCGGGAACUUUCUUACGUUUACAAACAAAAUCUUGUGGUACACAACCCAUUUGCCCUUAAGAAUAAACAAGAUAAGUUCAAAUUUAGAAAGAAGUCUGAAAAGAAGCAAAUAAUUAUGUCUCAGAAGCAGGAACAGUAUAGAAUGGGAAAAAGGGAUUUAAAUAUAGCAUUAAAGUCCUACAAACUGUUUGUACCAGUUCGUCAGGACAUAUGCUUCGUAUAACAAACCAUUAAAUGUCAUAUAUACAAA